CACACACUUUCUCCCAAAUCUAUAUUUAUACAACUCUCUCUCUAUAUAUAUAUAUAUCUGUAUAUGUAUACAUCAAUUGAUUGAAAUGAGAAGAGGCCAUGAUUUAAUAAAUUUAAUAUUACCAGACGAAUUAAUAAUAGAAAUAUUCCGUAAAUUAGAUUCAAAAUCAGGAAGAGAUGCAUCUUCACUAGUAUGCCGUCGUUGGCUAACCCUAGAACGAAUUAGCCGUGAUACUAUCCGUAUCGGUGCUUCCGGUAGCCCCGAUUCCCUCGUUCAUCUUAUCGCCGAUCGUUUCGUUAAUGUUACUAAUCUUUAUAUUGAUGAACGCCUCUCUGGCUCUCAUCCCUUUGGUGCUGAAAGAGGGCGCAAUGCUAGACAAUCUGCUUGGCUCAGGCUUCGCUUUUUGGCGGAGAAAUAUGAAACAUAUUGUCUAUCGGAUGCUGGUUUGGCUGCUGUGGCUGAUGGAUUUGCCAAACUUGAGAAAUUGACCCUUAUAUGGUGCUCUAAUGCAACGAGUGCUGGCCUCAGAUUUGUAGCUCAGAAAUGUGGAUCUUUGAAAUCUUUGGAUUUGCAGGGUUGUUAUGUUGGAGAUCAAGGUAUUGGUGCUGUUGGCGAGUGUUGCAAACAACUUGAAGCAUUGAAUUUGCGGUAUUGCGAAGGUUUAACUGACACUGGUUUAGUUGAGUUAGCCAUAGGAUGUGGGAAGACCCUGAAGUUACUGGGUGUGGCGGCUUGUGAUAAAAUAACUGAUGUUUCAUUAGAAGCUGUAGGGUCUCAUUGCAGAUUUCUUGAGACUUUGUCACUGGACUCGGAGUACAUACGCAACAAAGGGAUAAUUGCUGUUGCAAAAGGAUGUCCCCUUCUCAAAAAUCUGAAUCUGCAAUGCAUUAUGGUAACAGACGAGGCUUUAAGUGCUGUUGGAAGCCUUUGUGUGUUGUUGGAGUCGUUGGCACUUUAUAGUUUUCAGAGAUUUUCAGACAAGAGCCUUUGUGCCAUUGGGAAUGGAUGUAAAAAGUUAAAGAGUCUGUUGCUGAGUGAUUGCUAUUUUCUGAGUGAUAAGGGAUUAGAGGCAGUGGCAGCUGGUUGUUCUGAACUUACACGUCUUGAAGUAAAUGGAUGCCAUAAUAUUAGCACAUAUGGGCUGGAAAGCAUCGGAAGGUCUUGCAUGCGUCUUACAGAGCUAGCAUUACUAUACUGUCAGAAAGUAGGUGAUCAAGCCCUGUCCGAAGUUGGCAAAGGUUGUAAAUAUUUGCAAGCUCUUCAUCUAGUGGAUUGCUCGGUCAUUGGUGAUGAUGCUAUAUCCAGCAUUGCUAUUGGCUGCAAGAAUUUGAAAAAACUUCACAUACGCAGAUGUUAUGAGGUUGGGAGUGAAGGAAUUAUAGCUGUUGGUAACAAUUGUAAAUACCUUACAGAUCUCAGCAUUCGUUUUUGUGAUAGGGUAGGGGAUGAAGCUCUGGUUGCUAUUGGUAAUGGUUGCCCCUUGUUACAGCAUUUAAAUGUCAGUGGCUGUCACCAAAUAGGAGACAUCGGAAUCACAGCAAUUGCAAGAGGCUGUCCUCAAUUAACUUAUCUAGAUGUUAGCGUUCUUCAGAAUUUGCAAGAUAUGGCAUUGGCAGAGGUAGGCGAAGGGUGUCCUUUACUAAAGGAUAUAGUAAUAUCACAUUGCCGUGAUAUAACAGACGUGGGUCUAGCUCAUCUUGUUAAAAGAUGCAAAUACCUUGAAUCCUGCCACAUGGUCUAUUGUCCCGGUGUGACUACAGCAGGGGUAGCCACCGUCAUAUCUACUUGUACCAAUAUUAAGAAGGUUCUGAUUGAAAAGUCAAAGGUUAGUGAGAGGACUCGAAGGCGUGCAGGGUCCAUAAUCUCCUACCUUUGUGUGGAUAUAUGAAACCCUAAAUCUAUCUAUGAAAAGAGACCACAAGAAUGUGUUUAGUUUGAAUACAGCUAUAAAGCUCAUAAGCUCGUUAUUAGAGUGUAUUUGUACAAUAGCAAAAUAUACCGACAUGAUCAUGGAAAAGGUAAACUAUAGUGUGGUAGUUGUGGAAAGUCAUGUAGUCUGAGUACUGUGUUGUAAUAAGGGAACUUGUAUUUGGUCCAGUGGAUUUAUUUCUGAUUUCUUGUAUAGUUUCAGGUGUUUUUCUAGUGCAACUUAUGUAUCGCUUUGAUUCUUGUAGUUAUCAGAACCAACUCCCUAAUGUACAUUAAACAUGGCUUUUAAUAGUUUCCUUUUCUUAAA